UAGUGAAUAGUCUAUCCUCGCAUCGCAUACUCGUGCAACACGGCUUGCGAGCGGCGGCGCGGAUGGGGCUCUGGGAGUGGCCGUGGGAUCGCCGGCGGCGAGGCCCGUCGGGCUUAGGCCCCACCUCCACCGCCGAAGAGGUCACCGCCGGCGUAGACGCCACCCACCUCACCGCCAUCGUCACAGGAGCGACGAACGGGAUCGGGAGGGAGACGGCCCGAGUUCUGGCGAGGAGGGGGGCGGAGGUGAUCAUCCCGGCGAGGACGAUGGAGAGCGGCAACGCGGUGAAGCAGAGCAUCGCGGAGGAGGUCCCGGGGUCCAGGCUCCACGUCAUGGAGAUGGAUCUCGCCUCGCUCGACUCCGUCCGCCGCUUCGCCACCGCGUUCGACUCCUCCCACACCCACCUCAACAUCCUCAUAAACAAUGCAGGGAUAAUGGGGUGCCCUUUCAAGCUAUCCAAGGAUGGGAUUGAGCUGCAGUUCGCAACGAAUCAUGUCGGUCAUUUCUUGCUUACAAAUCUUCUGCUCGACAAGAUGAAAUCGACGGCUAGGAAGACCGGCGUGCAGGGCAGGAUCGUGAACGUAUCGUCUAUUGCGCACAAGAGAAGUGAUGGUUCUUGCUUUGAUCUGAACAAGCUAAACGAUAAGUCUAGGUACAAACCACUCAUUGCAUAUGCACAUUCCAAAUUAGCUAAUAUUCUUCAUGCAAAUGAGCUAGCAAAGCGUUUUCAGGAAGAAGGAUGUAAUUUGACUGCAAAUUCCCUGCAUCCUGGAGUGAUCCUCACCAAUAUCACUCGUUAUGUCGUCACAAACAGCGUGAUGGUUUCAAUCCUUUCUGUGGGAAACCUCUUUCUGAAGAACACACAACAGGGAGCUGCAACCACAUGCUAUCUGGCACUGCAUCCUGAACUGAAGGAUGUCUCCGGCAAAUACUUCGCGGACUGCAAGGAAGCCACGCCGAGGCCUGCUGCGAGAGACGCAGAGCUAGCGAAGAGGCUAUGGGAUUUCAGCGAACAGCUCGUGGAUACUAAUCGUCGUGGAGAAUUCAACAGACAAAAAUGACACUGUUUAGACUGUCUGAAAUUCUGAACCUGACCAUGUCUCAACCUGAGAUCCUUCAGAUACAGAAUUUUAUUUUUUAUUUCUAUUUUUUAUUUUUUUUCAAUGGAAUGAUACAGCUUAUAUAAUAUGACCAUAGAGCUGUUUGUCAGUACUGUUGUUUGCAUGUGUAAACAAAUUCAAAUGCAUUAAUAAUCAGCCUGCUUUUUUUGCCA